AUGAACAACGAUAAAGAAAAAUAUUUUGCAAAGGAAAGUUUGCUGAAAGCCAGAAAGAGACAUUUUGAUUCGAGAUGGAGGGCGAAUAUCGCGAGUUGCUUCGAAACACUUCUGAACAUCAUACCGCUGAGCAAAAGAGCCAAUAAGAAACAGUCAAAGGCAAACAUUCUUAAGGCUGCUGAAGAACAUCUUGGGUUUUUGGAAGCUCAUUUGUCAACCCUCUUAUUAAAAAAAGCUAAGAAAGAAAAUGUUGAUGAUGUUGAUAACUAUUGUGCACUGAGCAUGAAUAAGAUUAAAGAAGAUUUUAUCGAAGAACAACAUGCAAAACCAAGAAGGUACAACAUCAAGGAGGAGACCCAACUGGCCAAAUCCUGCAGAAGAUCAUUGGACAGAGAGUUUGAAAUUUCAAAGACGAAUGAACAUGGUGGGUGUAUCGUGAAUGAUAUCAUGUAUUACGAUCCUCAGAUGCUUUUGAACAUUUCACGUUCAUACGUAGCUUCUGAUAUCAACGUUGAAGAUGAAGUAGAGGUAAACAUUGAGAAGUAUGAUGAAACUGAUAAUAUAGAAGUAGACGGUCAUAAUAGCCAGAUGUCCUCCUCAUCAUUAGCACCAUCACCAGCUGCUCGACUUUCCAUCACAUCCGAUCCGUGGAUGGCCCCAAGCUGCUUUGCAAGUCUCAUUGCUCAAAACACGCUAAAUGCUACUCAUUAUAAUAAUUAUUGUGAAGAAGGAAGGGGUAAUGAUCAGGCGGCUAAAAGUGGCACAGACACGAUUCUAAGCAACUUGUAUGACUCUUCAGAUGAUUACAUCGGCCGUCACAGUCCUUUAUUUGGUGCUCUUAUGCAGUUUUGA